CGUUCAUGGCGGAGUGCUUGUACAUUUUUCAGUAAUUGAAAGUUAUAAAGCGGAUUUGUGUAAAGGAGUCUGUGAGUCUACUUGUAAGCCUGCAUCACAGCAUCAUGUCGGGAGGUCCCGCGGUCCGUGUGAGCAUAGAGUCUUCCUGCGAAAUGCAAGUGCAGGAGGUCUCUUUAGACGGCGUGGAGACCUAUGUGCCCCCGCUGUCCAUGUCUCAGAAUCUGGCUAAACUCGCUCAGCGUAUUGACUUUAGUCAGGGGUCCGACUCCGAGGAGGAAGGGGGUGAGGGGGAGCAGCGGGACCAGGAGUGGGGCAAGCAGGAACCCGAGGAAGAUGAGGCAACGGUGAAGUUCCAGCCAUCGCUAUGGCCUUGGGACUCGGUACGAAACAACCUGCGCAGUGCGCUGACCGAGAUGUGCGUGCUCUACGACGUCCUCAGCAUCGUCAAACAGAAGAAGUAUAUGACUCUUGACCCUGUCUCACAGGAUCCUAUGGCUGGGAAGAGCCCUCAGGUGUUCCAGCUCAUCAGUAAGAAGAAAGCUCUGGCUAAUGCUGCGCAGCUUCUGCUGAAAGGAGCGGAGAAACUCAGCAAGUCAGUGGCAGAGAACCAAGAGAAUCGGCGGCAGAGGGACUUCAACUCGGAGCUGCUGCGGCUCCGCUCCCAGUGGAAGCUCCGGAAGGUGGGAGACAAGAUCUUGGGAGACCUCAGCUAUCGGAGCGCAGGGUCCUUGUUUCCUCAUCAUGGCACGUUUGAGGUUAUUAAAAACACAGACAUUGACCUGGACAAGAAGAUCCCAGAGGAUUACUGCCCUCUGAAUGUGCAGAUUCCCAGUGAUCUGGAGGGAUCUGCUUACAUCAAGGUUUCGAUUCAGAAGCAAGCUCCUGACAUUGGUGACCUGGGCACAGUUAGUCUCUUUAGAAGGCAGCCAAAACCUAAAGCAGGAACCCAAGCCUGGCAUCUGAAGUUGGAAGCGGCUCAGAACGUGCUUCUUUGUAAGGAGAUUUUCGCCCAGUUGUCCCGCGAGGCAGUUCAGAUCAAGUCUCAGAUCCCCCACAUUGUAGUGAAGAAUCAGAUCAUCUCACAGCCUUUUCCAGGCCUGCAGCUCUCCAUUUCUCUGUGCCACUCUACUGGAGACAAGAAGAAUCAGAAGGCCUCUCCUGAAAAGCCUAAGCCUGAUGAUCACCUAUAUGUGUUGGAACACAACCUGCACCAACUCAUGAGAGAGUUCCACAAGCAGACGCUAAGCUCCACAGUGAUGCCCCAUCCCGCUACCGCUCCUUUUGGACACAAGCGCUUGCGGCUGGCAGGCCCGAUGGCCUAUGACAAGGCGGAGAUCACCUCCUUGCAGCAGAGCGAAGGACUGCUGGAGAAGAUCAUCAAGCAAGCCAAGCACAUCUUCCUCCGAAGCAGAACGGCACGUACCAUCGACAGCCUGGCCAGCCGCAUUGAGGACCCGCAGAUCCAGGCUCACUGGUCGAACAUCAACGACGUGUAUGAGUCCAGCGUCAAGGUGCUCAUUACCUCCCAGGGCUACGAGCAGAUCUGCAAGUCCAUCCAGCUGCAGCUGAACAUCGGGGUGGAGCAGAUUCGGGUGGUCCAUCGAGACGGGAGGGUCAUUACACUGUCUCACCAGGAGCAGGAACUGCAGGACUUCCUUCUGUCUCAGAUGUCUCAGCACCAGGUACACGCCGUGCAGCAGUUGGCCAAGGUGAUGGGCUGGCAUGUGCUCAGCUUUAGCAACCAUGUGGGGCUGGGUCCCGUCGAGAGUAUCGGGAACGCCUCCGCCAUCACGGUCGCGUCCCCCAACGGCGAGUACGCCAUUUCAGUGCGGAAUGGGCCAGAGAGCGGCUGCAAGGUUCUAGUCCAGUUCCCCCGGAACCAGUGCAAGGAGUUACCGAAAAGUGACGUGAUCCAGGACAACAAGUGGAACCACCUACGCGGACCCUACAAGGAGGUGCACUGGAGCCGAAUGGAGGGCCGCAACUUCGUUUACAAGAUGGAGCUCCUAAUGGCGGCGCUAACCCCAUGCCCCUAGCCCCCUCCUAUUGCUG